AUGUGUCACGAGUGUCACCGCAGACAGACCCAGGAUUUCUUGAGGGCAGCGGUCCAAGUCAGACAAAAGACAUCUCACAAGAAGACGUUCCUCUAUCUGGAGCAGCUGAUACUGAAGCACAGGGUGCACGUGUCGGCUCUCAAGGUGAAAGAAACGAGUGACGGUCUCGACUUCUUCUUUGCUCAGAAACAAGAGGCAAGGAAACUGGUGGACUUUCUGCAGACUGUGGUUCCAUGUCGGUAUAAGACGUCCCAGGAGCUCGUGUCACAUGACAUUCACAGCAAUACAUUCCAAUACAAGCACACCUUCAGCGUGGAGCUGGUGCCUGUCUGUAAGGUUUUGGUGUUCUUUUGCAAAUCUACCAAGUUGCCUACUGCCAACACUGCAUGUGUCUUACUGACUGCAGUUGCCGAGUUGUCCAGCAGUGUCUACUGGAGAACUCCGUUCUCUAGUCUCUGUAACCAUCGGCAACUGACCGAGUUCUACGUCCUUCACAUCGAGAAGGCCACACCCCCUGGUUCCCAUGGCAACAGCUCCGCCAAUCACAGUGACAAGUGUGUCCUGAGUGAUGUGUGGGUGGUGCCAGUGAGUGAACUGGGGACUAGCGACAGACAGAUACACUGUCGGUCUCAUCUCGGACAUCUCCUCCAUGACGGGGACUGCAUGUGGGGGUUUGACUUGUCUCAGGCAAAUCUGAAUGAUGCUAAUCUGGACAAGAUGAACCCUGCAGACAUCCUGAUGUGCUGUGAAAGAGCCCAGGUCCUGGUGAAGAAGAGCUACGGAGACAAGGUCAAUAGGUCAAAACAGAGGAACUGGCAGCUGCAGAUGAUUGACCGGGAGAUGGAUGUUACCGUGGCGACGACCAAUGAGAAGGGGGCGGAGGAGGACUACGAGGAGUUCCUGGAGGACCUGGAGGAAGACAUGAUCUACCGCAAGAACGUCAACAUCUUCUUUACAGCAGCCUUCUACUAUGACAACAGUUACACUGCCAAUAAACCCAACCAGUCUUUGCAGUUAUGCAUUCUCUUAUCUAGGAGAGAAUGCAGCGGUGUGGACAUCCACAUGUAUUUUUUUGUAUGUAGGUUUGACUUGUCUCAGGCAAAUCUGAAUGAUGCUAAUCUGGACAAGAUGAACCCUGCAGACAUCCCUGAUGUGGUCCUGGUGAAGAAGAGCUACGGAGACAAGGUCAAGAGGUCGAAACAGAGGAACUGGCAGCUGCAGAUGAUGGACCGGGAGAUGGAUGUUACCGUGGCGACGACCAAUGAGAAGGGGGCGGAGGAGGACUACGAGGAGUUCCUGGAGGACCUGGAGGAAGACAUGAUCUACCGCAAGAACGUCAACAUCUUCUUUAGUCCUGGUGAAGAAGAGCUACGGAGACAAGGUCAAGAGGUCGAAACAGAGGAACUGGCAGCUGCAGAUGAUGGACCGGGAGAUGGAUGUUACCGUGGCGACGACCAAUGA